CUGCUACUUCCCGAUAGUGUUUGAUUCUUUCUACUGAUUUACAGCGUUAAUCGUUAAAAACUAAAAUUAUCUCCAACGUUAAUCGCAUAGAUCGAGUGAAAUCGAAACGGCAUCUUUAAAGACACAUUGCAGCCUUUAUUGACUCGGGAUCCUGGUCUGAGACAACAGAACGAGACCUUGAGUCUCAUAUAUGGAAACAUCCAGCAGGAUCAAUCACCGAGAAGAAAUGCAGCAUCCAUCAGUGAUUAAAGAAGAAAAUUUUCCUGAGGAGCAGGAGUGGUAUCUAAGUCUUGACCAGAAGGACAUUAAAAAGGAACAAGAGAAACUCUGGACACCUCAGGAGGGACAGCAACUUCAUCAGCAGGCAGAUAUCAAUAAUAUAUUUUUGACUGCCGCCACUGUGAAAAGUGAAAAUGAUGAAAAAAAACCACACUCGUCACAGGUUUAUCAAAGCCAGAAUGAUGAAAGCACAACGGCAGAACUUCCAGCCAGCACCUCAACUUCACACAGAACACUGACAGCACAAGCUGAUGGAGUUGAUUAUGGAGGACUACCAGCCCGCCACUCAGACAAGAUGGGUUCUAACACCAAACGGUGCCCUAAUUGCCCCCAGGUCAUGCCGUGUGCCACUAAGGUGUGUAAGGCCUGUGGGACAGAGCAGCCAAAGAAGGCCCGCCUGAAAAAGAGGCUGCAGGCCCUGGAUGAGAAGAAAGAGGAGUGGCUUGGCAACCUUAAAAGAAAUCAUAACGAGGCGGCCAUGUUGGAUGAAGCCAUCAUUUUGCUUGAGAAGCUCCAUGCUUUGGGCUACAAGCCACUCCUUCUUCUUCAGAAGGACCCACGAAAAGGGAGAAGGAAGCCACAGCUCCAGGCUCUCAUGCCUAGGUGUGAGCUGGACGAUAUAGCCACAAAGCAGCUGUCAGAAAUCACUGCUUCCUUUGAGCUACUUUGUACAGGUUGGAAGCAGGUUGGAACCGUCAUCACCAUGAGCUUCACCCCCUAUGAGAAGCAGGGCACCUCAGGGGAGGAGGCACCAGGAGGCCUGGUGAAGGAAGCGGGGCCAGAAGGCCUCAUGAAGGAUAAGGUGCCGGAAGAACGUGUUGUGGAGGUGGUGCCGGGAGGUCUGGUGAAGGAGGAGGGGCCGGAGGGCUUCAUGGAGGAUGUGGGGCCGGAAGGCCGUGUUGUGGGGGUGGUGCCGGGAGGCAUGGUGAAGGAGACGUGGCCGGAAGGCGUCAUGGAGAAGGCGAGGCUGGAAGGCCUUGAUGUGGGAGAACCCAGUCAACUGCUUCCUCUACCUAAGAAAGGGUCAACGGGUAAGAGGAGGAGGAAGUCAGAAGCACCAAUGCGGAAAAAUUGUUCCUACCACACAGGCCUAGUGGUUUUUCCCGAUUAGGAGCGUUCUGCAAGAAAGAGGGAGAAAAGGUUAUGCAGAAUUGCUCAUAGACUGGGAGCCCUGUGCAGCAUGGUAUGUGUUUUAUGAUAAAGACAGAAGUAAACUGGCUUCUCUCUCUGUCUGUCUGUCUGAGACAAAUGGAGUAGGAGUGGAGCCUUUUAGAUCAUUGGCAGAUAGAUGUGUUCUGUAGAAUGUACAAAUGUGUUUGAAGUUAAACAGAAUAAUUUAAAUGUUACUUGUAAUGUAACUGUCUCACUUCUGUUUUCAGUGGGAAGGAUUAGACUCCUGCGUGGGAGCCCAAGAAGACAUUUUGCUGAUUUUGUUCUGUCUUUUUGUUUUAUUGUUCCUGUUAAUAAUCUUAAGUAAUUGUUUUAUUGUUCCUGUUUCUAUGGUAAAUAAAUGUUUAUAUUUUUAUUGUAGUAAAAUAUUUGUUUUGUGAUAUUUCUAUA